UCCCCUUAAAAGUCCCGGGAAACGACGGCGCGCUCCUGCCGCGGCUUCCGAAGCUGGAGCUCGCUUCCUCGGGCCGGCGGGUCUGCGCGGACCGCAGAGAGGGGCGCCGGGGACCCCCAGCCCUGCUGCCAAGACCCGCCUGCCCGUUGUCCUUCCCGGGUGCCACCCGGGGCUGCUCCUGGGCUCCCGCUGCCCGAGGGCCGGGAUGGAGAGGCGUGGAGGCGCCUGCCUGGGCAGCUGCCUGGCUGUGCUCUCCCUCCUUCCCUCCCUGAGCCUGGCCCAGUACGAGAUCUGGCCCCACUACCCCGAGUACUUCCAGCAGCCCGAGCCCGAGUACCACCGGCCGCAGGUGCCCGCCGACACCGUCAAGAUCCAGCUGCGCCUGGCGGGGCAGAAGCGGAAGCACAGCGAGGGCCGCGUGGAGGUGUACUACGACGGGCAGUGGGGCACCGUGUGCGACGACGACUUCUCCAUCCACGCCGCCCACGUCGUCUGCCGAGAGCUGGGCUACGUGGAGGCCAAGGCCUGGACGGCCAGCUCCUCCUACGGCAAGGGUGAAGGGCCCAUCUGGUUGGACAAUGUCCACUGCACCGGCAGAGAGCCCACCCUGGCUGCCUGCACCUCCAACGGCUGGGGUGUCACUGACUGCAAGCACACAGAAGAUGUGGGCGUGGUGUGCAGUGACAAAAGGAUUCCCGGGUUCAAGUUUGACAAUUCCGUCAUCAACCAGAUCGAGAGCCUGAACAUCCAGGUGGAGGACAUCCGGAUCCGAGCCAUCCUGUCCACCUACCGCCGGCGCACGCCCGUGACGGAGGGCUACGUGGAGGUGAAGGACGGCAAGGCCUGGAGGCAGGUCUGCGACGAGCACUGGACCACCAGGAACUCUCGCGUGGUCUGCGGCAUGUUUGGCUUCCCCGGGGAGAAGACGUACAAUGCCAAAGUGUACAAAAUGUUUGCUGCCCGGAAGAAGCCGCGCUACUGGCCCUUCUCCAUGAACUGCACCGGCACGGAGGCCCACAUCUCCAGCUGCAAGCUGGGGCCCCAGGUGUCCCGGGACCCCGUGAAGAACGUCACGUGCGAGAAUGGGCUGCCGGCGGUGGUGAGCUGUGUGGCUGGCCAGGUCUUCAGCCCGGACGGACCCUCCAGGUUCCGGAAAGCCUACAAGCCUGAGCAACCCCUGGUUCGCCUGAGAGGCGGGGCCCACGUCGGGGAGGGCCGCGUGGAGGUGCUCAAGAACGGAGAGUGGGGGACCGUCUGCGACGACAAGUGGGACCUGGUCUCUGCCAGCGUGGUCUGCCGGGAGCUGGGCUUUGGCAGCGCCAAAGAGGCCAUCACCGGCUCGCGGCUGGGGCAAGGGAUAGGCCCCAUCCACCUCAAUGAGAUCGAGUGCACGGGCAGCGAGAAGUCCAUCACGGACUGCAAGUUCAACGCCGAGUCUCAGGGCUGCAACCACGAGGAAGACGCAGGGGUGCGGUGUAACGUCCCUGCCAUGGGCUUCCAGAAAAAGCUGCGCCUGAACGGGGGCCGUAACCCCUACGAGGGCCGGGUGGAAGUGCUGGCCGAGAGGAACGGGUCCCUCGUGUGGGGGGUCGUGUGUGGCGAGAACUGGGGCAUUGUGGAGGCCAUGGUGGUCUGCCGGCAGCUGGGCCUCGGGUUCGCCAGCAACGCCUUCCAGGAGACCUGGUACUGGCAGGGAAACAUCUACGCCAACAAAGUGGUCAUGAGCGGCGUGAAAUGCUCGGGCACGGAGCUGUCCCUGGCACACUGUCGGCACGACGAGGACGUGACCUGCCCCGAAGGGGGAGUGCAGUUCGGGGCUGGAGUCGCCUGCUCGGAAACCGCCCCCGACCUGGUCCUGAACGCGGAGAUGGUGCAGCAGACCACCUACCUGGAGGACCGGCCCAUGUUCAUGCUGCAGUGCGCCAUGGAGGAGAACUGCCUGUCGGCCUCCGCCGCCCGCACCAACCCCACCACGGGCUACCGCCGGCUUCUGCGCUUCUCCUCCCAGAUCCACAACAACGGCCAGUCUGACUUCCGGCCCAAGAACGGCCGCCACGCGUGGAUCUGGCAUGACUGCCACAGGCACUACCACAGCAUGGAAGUAUUCACCCACUAUGACCUGCUGAGCCUCAAUGGUACCAAGGUGGCCGAGGGCCACAAAGCCAGCUUCUGCCUGGAGGACACGGAGUGCGAAGGAGACAUCCAGAAGAGCUACGAGUGUGCCAACUUUGGCGAGCAGGGCAUCACCAUGGGCUGCUGGGACGUCUACCGCCACGACAUCGACUGCCAGUGGGUGGACAUCACGGAUGUGCCGCCUGGAGACUACAUCUUCCAGGUCAUUAUUAACCCCAACUACGAGGUAGCCGAGUCUGACUACAGCAACAACAUCAUGAAGUGCAGGACCCGUUACGACGGCCACCGCAUCUGGAUGUACAACUGCCACAUCGGCGGCUCCUUCAGUGAAGAGACGGAGAAAAAGUUUGACCACUUCAGCGGACUCCUAAACAACCAGCUGUCCCCAUGGUAGAGCCACCGCUCGGCCGCCACCGCCGGUGCCAGGGCCGUGCUGCCUCCUGGCCCCCGCCAGCCAGGGCAGCCUGCCCUGCACUCCCUGCACGGCCACGCACGGGGGGCGUGCGCUGCUGAGCCACGCGGAGGUGGGCUGUCCACGUGGCCGGGGCAGCCGUCCCGAGAGCAUCUCGUCCAGGACCCGGCACAGAGGUGGCCCUGGCGAGUCCCGUCCACGCCACGUCCGGCCCGAGGCUGAUGCCACUGACUCGGCCCCCACACUGGCAUCGGCGCCUCCCACCACGCCAGGGCGGUUGCCUCCAGCCCCGCCC